CCGGCAGGGGGCGGGGCCGGGCAUGGUAACGGCUCGGAAGCCGAGAGGGCUGGGCCGGAGGGAGGCGGAGGAACUGGUGUCGGCCGCCGCCGCCGCUGCCACUGCUCCAGUCCGUUCCGUGUGGCCUCCGUGGACCUCGCCUCAGCCAUGAUGAUCCACGGCUUCCAGAGCAGCCACCAGGACUUCUCCUUCGGUCCCUGGAAGCUGACGGCAUCCAAGACCCACAUCAUGAAAUCAGCGGAUGUCGAGAAGUUAGCCGAUGAAUUGCACAUGCCAUCUCUCCCUGAAAUGAUGUUCGGAGACAACGUUUUAAGAAUCCAACAUGGCUCUGGCUUUGGGAUUGAGUUCAAUGCUACAGAUGCGUUAAGAUGUGUAAACAACUAUCAAGGAAUGCUUAAGGUAGCCUGUGCUGAAGAAUGGCAGGAAAGCAGAUAUCUUGGAGGAUUCAAAGAAUUAUAAGCCUUUAAACUUAUACAUGUCUUCAGGCAGUGUACAGACUAAUUGGAAAGACUACAUCAGCACACGACAAGUUAAAUAACAAUAGAUGUGCAGAAAACUGUAAGAAAAAUCAUGUAAUAGUGCAUUUU